AUGAAGCAGACGAUGAAGGAAUUUGAAGAGAAGAUAAAAGAGAAGGAUUCAACUCUGGAGGAGAUGAGUAAAGAACUGAAGGACACAGAGAGCAGACUGGAGAAAACAACAAAACAACUGAAUGAGAACAUCAAACAUCUUCUGGAGAAAGACACUCAACUGGAUGAAAUGACCCAGCAAGUGAGAGAGAAAGAGAGACAACUGGAGAACUCUGUCAAAGAGGAGGAGAAGACUAAGAGACAACUGGAGAACUCUAUCAAAGAGGAGGAGAAGACUAAGAGACAACUGGAGAACUCUGUCAAAGAGGAGGAGAAGACUAAGAGACAACUGGAGAACUCUGUCAAAGAGGAGGAGAAGACUAAGAGACAACUGGAGAACACUGUCAAAGAGGAGGAGAAGACUAAGAGACAACUGGAGAACUCUGUCAAAGAGGUGGAAGAGACUAAGAGACAACUGGAGAACUCUGUCAAAGAGGUGGAGAAGACUAAAAGACAACUGGAGAACACUGUCAGAGAGGAGGAAAGGACUAAGAGACAACUGGAGAAUACUGUCAGAGAGCUGGAGAAGACCAAGAGACAACUGGAGAACUCUGUCAAAGAGGUGGAAGACAAACAACUGGAGGAGAGAGAAUGUGAACUAAAGGAGAAGAGGCAGGAACUAGAAGAGAAAGAUAAACUAUUAGAGAAGAGAGAGAAACAGUUAAAGGAAAAAGACAAACAAGUGGAGGAUGUCAACAAGGAAAAUGAUAAACUGGCUCAACAGGUCUGUGAUGUGAAGACUGAGAUGGAGAGACUAAGAAGAGAGACCUCAACCCAGAUGACUGUGGGAGGAGAGACCUCAGAUACAGACACCAGAGUUACACUGAGGAGGACAAACAUUAUGGAACAAAUACCUCCUACUAUGGGAGGAGAGAGCAGCAGUCCAGACUCCCCAGUGUCUCCCAGUGGGUCUGAGCUGAGACUGGUGCUGCUGGGGAGGACUGGUGCUGGGAGGAGGGCAGCAGGAAACACCAUCCUGGGCAGAGAGGAGUUUGGGGUCCAGGCCAGCCCCUCUGCAGUGACCCAGAGGAGUGUGAGGAGAGAUGGGGAGGUGUGUGGGAGACACCUGGUGCUGGUGGACACUCCAGACUGGUUCUGUCCUGGACUCUCUCUGGAGGAGAUCAGACAGGAUGUGGGGCUCUGUGUCCGUCUGUCUGCCCCGGGACCCCACGCCUUCCUCCUGGUCAUACCAGUGGAGCCCUCCAAGGAGGAGGAGAGAGGGGUGCUGGAGAGAAUGGAGGAGAUGUUUGGGGAGGGGUGUUGGGGACACACUGUGAUUCUAUUCACCCAUGAUGACAGCUUGGAAGAGCAGAGCAUUGAGGGGUUUCUCCAAGCAGGUAGUCAGGACCUCCAGCAGCUUGUAGAGAAGUGUGGGAGCAGAUACCAUGUCCUCAACAUUAAGGACAGGACCCAUGACAAUCAGGUCCCAGAGCUACUGGAGAAGAUAGAGGAGAUGGUGUCAGGAAACAAAGAGAGCUUCUACUGCAGUCAGACCUACCAGGAGGCAGUGGCCCAGAUCAGAGAGAUGGAGAAAAAGAUCCAGAAGGAGAUGGAGGAGAGGAAACAGAGGGUGGAGACAGAGAUUAAAGAGAGACUUGAUAAGGAGUUACAGGAGUCUCUAAAGAAGAUAGAGGGAGUGAUCCAGGAACAUCAGGGAGAUAUCAGAACACUCAAUGAUAGAACCACUGAAUUAGAGAGACAAGUGAAAGAAGAGAAGGAUGAGGAGAAGAAGAGAGAGAUGGAGAGAGAGUUAACGAGAGAAUCUGAUAGAAGGAAAGAG